GCCGUUGCACUGUUCGACUUUACGCCUGAGAACGACAAUGAGAUUGGGCUCACCAUGGGCCAGAUCGUGUGGAUCAACUAUCGGUAUGGACAGGGGUGGCUCGUUGCGGAGGACGACCAGGGUGAGAUUGGGCUGGUGCCUGAGGAAUAUGUCCAGCUGCUGGAG